AUGCCGUUUAAGGAUGAGGAAGAUUCCCAGCCUCAGCGUCCGCGGUAUGAAUCCGGUCUCCCUCUGAAAACUUUGGCUGCCCAUGACAAGAUCUUUGAGUCAUUUCCGAAGAAUCCUGGUGGGUUAGGAUUUUCUGAAAAGGCGAAUGGCUUAAUGUUGUGCACAGAGUAUCUAGGGUUCGAGAGUUCCGACAUGAAAAUGUCCGAUAACGAGGUGGAGAAUAAGAUGACGUUUCAUGCAGAGGUGGACACGGAAAGGGUUGUAACAAAGAGGAGGAAGACUAAGGAGAAUAUGGUGGCGCCGGUGCAAGAGAGGAAAAGAGAAUUUCCUCCGCCACUCUCGUCGUUAAACAGCCGAGGACAACGGUCUUUUUAUCUCCGGCCUGUGAGGAAAGACGGUAGAUUGGAGCUUACACAAGUUAUGAUCGACCGACCAGAGAUUUUCCGUGCGUCCCGUGAAGAUGGACGGCUGAGAUUGCACCUUAUCGAUGGUGUCGACAGUCCCAUAAGGGAUUAUAGUGAAUCUGGAGAAAUCGUGGAUUUUGAAGAAGAACCUAAGUGUCUAGAUCGGCCUCAUUUGGAAUCUGGUAGAGAGAUUAAUAAAAACAUUGAUGCUUCAAGUGAUCAAGUGGUGGAUUCAUCUACGAUCAAUGAUGAUAAUCGAGCAAGAAAUUGGGGAUAUAAAAGUAGCUAUGAGGUUUCGUGGAAUAGCGUUGAUCAUGAUGUUACAAAUUUGAAUGAUGAACAUGAUGCGAGAGAAUGGACGUACAAGAGUUGUUAUAAAUUCAUGGAAAAAACAGUAACAUACAUUUAUGGAGCCAGUCGUACGUGA